UCAUCGGAAAUAAUUGUUCAUAGCACAGCUUUAAACUUUAGAUUUGGACUGACAUGUGUUGUUUACAUGUGUGUGCUUAGCUUGUCCAAAGGCAGUAAACCCAAUCCCAUUCCAAGGUUCUGAACUGCGCCUGUGUGGGAAGCUACAGAUGAAUGAGGAUUAUGCCUCAGCACUGAAACAAACCAAACAUACAAAUACACUCACUACACUCUUGCCAUCUCGUGUCUCUGAUGACCAUUAAACAUGAGUGUUGCAGGGAUUCACCGUGGAUUUCUCAGAAAGUAUGGUGGCUUUAUGUUUAAACAAUGGAAGCAGAGGUAUCUCAUUUUGACUGCUGACGGCUGUUUGCUGAUGAGUCGCGAUGCAGUGUCCCCUCCGGACCACAUGGUGGCGUUGCAGGGGGGUUGUGAGGCCAUUGUGGAGGGCAGGGAGAUCCUGGACCUACCCAAGCUGCCCUCUGGAGGACGAAGGGACUGCUGCUUUGCACUGAUCCUACCUCAGGAGAAGUUCCUGCUGCUGCUGGCUGAUAAUGCAGAGAACUGCAGCCAAUGGGUCAACAUGCUGAAGAAAGUACGAGAGUGUGUAUCAUCACCUGUGUACUCCUGUCGACGCCAUCAUGCUUUGACCCCAUGCAUCACCGACAGAGACCCUCUCCCAGACCCCAUUAAUGACAGAGAUCCUCCAACACCACCACUCAGUGACAUGGAGGUUUUAUCUCCUACACCAAACUCUCCUACACCAAACUCUCCUGGACCAAACUCUCCUGGAUCAAACUCUCCAGGGCCAAACUAUCCUGGGCCAAAUUGUUCUGGGCCAAAAUCUCCAGGGCCAAUUUAUCCUGGGACAAACUCUCCUGGGCCAAACUAUCCUGGACCAACCUAUCCUGGGCCAAACUCUCCUGGACCAAACUAUCAUGGACCAACCUAUCCUGGGCCAAACUCUCCUGGGCCAAACUAUCCUGGACCAGCCUAUCCUGGGCCAAAUUCUCCUGGACCAAACUAUUCUGAGGCAACCAUAGAUGACACUCCACAAAAGGAUAAAGGCAACAAGUCUUCUCGCAUGAAGAGGAACAAAGGGAGCAGUCGUUCAGUGGGCUGUCUGCGCCAUGGCAACAGCCAUGAUGUCCGGGCAGUGAGGGCUGUUUAUUUGCUGACAGGCGGGACUGCUGCUUCCUCCGCUAUGGGCUACUUGGGUGCCUGCCCUCCUGUCAGUGCUGACGUAAGACCUUGUGACCUGCCACCCACCACAGACUACUCUGACCUGGGCCCAGCCGGAACUUACCACUCCUGCAACCAGAAUGUUGACUCUCCUCACUUCCACAGCUUUGACUUUGAGGGGGCAGACUCUGACUUUGAAGCAUUCGACUGUGGGGGGUUUUCAUUUUAGGGGGAGUGAUGACAUUUGAUGUCUACGUUGUAUUUACAUUGUAGAAAUCGUCUCUUGUUUUCUUUUUCUCUUUCACCCAUCGAGCAUUACUUUUCUGAUCAUUGAUACGUUGUCUAUUUGUUUCCUCUUUUUUUCCUCUUCCAACGACUGCAGAAACUAAAAACCCAAACUUUCGCUACACUCUCUAUUGACUUCUGUUUGACUGUGCAUGUGACUAAUUAAUAAUUUGACUUCACUAACAUGAAGGUAUGUUCCUUUCCAUCCAAUAAAAAUACAAAGACAAAACACCUGUUAUUGCUUCCCUCUUUGUUAGUCAUAUGUGCUGAUAGAAAACGUGGGAGCUCCAUAUGAUGUUAUGUUUGAUUUAUUGGUUUCAACCUAGUCUCUGGAUGUGGACAGAUCAUGGCUUUUUUCAUAGUCCUACUGUUUGUAUUGUCAUGUAAUCAUACCUUCUCUUUUCAACGAUUUGCCCCACACCUCCUUGGAUUUUUCUCUGCAAUGUGUUAGCUGAGAGGAUUUAUAUUUUGUUGGUUAAAUGUGGCUUAAUAAAAUGC